AUAGCAUGUCGUGACGUCGCUCUGCAUCACACAGAGGAGCUGAUGCUGCAGGACGAGGAAUAUAGGACAACAGCAGGAGGAACAGAGACACACAGAGCUGCAGCAGACUGAGCGUCUCGUCAUCAGCCUUCACUCGUCUCUCAGCUCCAGGAGGAUGGAGGGGCUGCAGCAGCUCAGCCUGACUGGAGCGUGAGGAGCCUCCCUAGGCUCCGUCUGCCCCUCUGUGUGGAGCUCUGCCCACCCCCCAACCCUGUCUGUACGCAGCAUCUCUCCUCCAUCAGCUGAAAACAUGGAUGGUCUCCGCCUGCCGCCCGUCAUCGAGGAAGUCCUCGAUGCCUCCGGUCAGUGUGUUUACAUGCAGGACGAGCUGUGUGAGCUGAAGGUGGUGAAGCCCAUCAUGUUGGGAGAAACUCUGACGGCCAAAGAGAGGGAGUCCCUGGAGGAGAAGGAGGAGACUGUGGGAGACGGAGAGAAAGGCCAGCAGGAGGACGAAAAGGAGGAGAGGGAGGAGGAGAAGGAGGAGGAGGAGGAGGAGAAGGACGAAGAGGAGCUCAGAGCUCAGGUGUAUCAGCUGCUGCUGGAACUGGACGAGACCAGAGAGGUUUCACAGAGACAAGAGGAGAGUUUCAUGGAGCUGCAGGGUCUGUUAGAGGACGAGCGACUGGCGAGUGCUCAUCAGGCGGAAAGUUUCACCAGACAGAUCCAGAGACUGCAAGCUCAGCUCCACUCGGUGCAGGAGGAGAUGGACAGCCUGGAGGAGGAGAAGGAGAGCGAGCUGGAGGAGGUGCACGAGGAGCUCCGCUCGGCCCAGGAGGAGGUGCUGAUGCUGCAGCAGGCGGCCGACGAGGCGGCGGCGGAGAGAGAGAACGACAUCGCAUCCCUGCAGGAGGAGAUGUGUCGGCUGAGGGCCGAGCUGCAGCGCCUCCACGGCACAGCGCAGGAGUACGAGCUGGAGAUCACCUCGCUUAGGGCUGAGAUCAGCAUGAAGAGCGCAGACAGAAGCACGCAUGCAGGUGACUUGACGCUGAAGGACGAGUUCGUCUCUCUGACGGAUGAACAUCAGUUUCUGAGCUGCGACAACAAAGAUCUGAGCUGUAAAGUGAAGAAACUGCAGCAACGAGACACGUGUGGUGAGGAUGUGUACCUGGCAGUCACAGACUCUGGGUGUGAGCAGGUGAAGGACUCCUACAUCACCGUGUCUCAGUCCGGAGACAGGAAACAUGAAGACCGCCCCUCGGAGGAGAAAGUCUGCCACUCGGAGCUGAAGGUGGUGAAGGUCCAGCUGAGACGAGUGGAGGAGACGUCUCACAGAGUCCAGACGCAGUGCGACGGGUUGAAGGUCGACCUGGUGGACCUGCAGCAGCUGUACGACAGCAGCCAGCGGGAGCGAGCGGCGCUGGAACUGGAGCUGCAGCGCUGCAAAGCCGAGCUGCAGAAACUGGUGGGCAGGAAGUCACAGAACUGCAAUGGUCCGUCUGAGCCCCCUGUCCUCUCCAUCCCCCUCAUAGGAAUGAUUGUUAUAGUGGCCUUGAUUUGGUGCUGGUGGGAGGAGAUGGCGUCAUAGAGGGGACCAGCGGAGUGACGCUGAAGGCUGGAGCCUGGUGGUGGCCGCGGUGGCCGUGGCGGCCAUUGUAGUUCUGGUGGUCCCCAGCUUCACCAGGGCCUGAGGACUACACAGGAAGUGACCUCACGGGGGAAUCAUCCAGCACUGCCCUCAUACCUGUUGCUGUCCUGCUGAUGUCUGCUUGUUGCUUCGCCAAGACGUUUUCACCCGAAGGCCUCGGACGUCAGUGAGUUCUGGAGGGAAGAGCGAUAAGCUUGUUGAAUUGAAGAAGACUUGAAACUCUUCGUGCAGGUCGGCGUCGUGCAGAAGCUCCGCUGGGUGAUCUAUUGAUCGGCUGCGAGGUUCCACGUCAUGAUCCGAGAGUCUAACCGGAAGUGUCAAGUGUUAGCAUCAUUUACAAAGUCUUCCAUUGUUUUAAUAAGGUGGGUCAUUAUAAACCUGUUUUCAGCUGUAAUUACUUCUUCUGUUUACUACCAGAACAAACUGAUCAGGUGGAAGAAUUACUCCAAACUUAUUAAUAUUAAUAUUUCAGUGUUAAAACACUGAGUUAAGGAAAAGUCCAACACUCAAGAAUGAUACUUGAGUGAAAGUACAGAAGUAUUUUCAGCUAAAUGUACUUAAAGUAAAAGUUUAUCCCAUAUCAGAGUGUCAUAUUAUUAUUAUUAUUAUUAUUAUUAUUAUUAUAUAUAUAUCAUAUUUUUGCAUUAAUGCAGCACUUUAAUGUUCCUUAAUGUUGCUGAUUUAAAUAUAGUUUAAUCUAUAAAAAAAUAUACCUAACGUGUUAAUAAAGCGAGGAACUUAAGUUAUCAAAUAAAUGUAGUGAAUGUGUUGGAGUUAAAAUAUAAAGUAGCAUAGGAAAGUAAAGUACCUCCAGAUUGUACUUAAGUACCACACUAGAGUAAAUGUACUUAUUUAUUUUCGUACACCGUUUACAGUAAAUGUCCUUUAGUGUUAAAUAUCAAAAUGAUUUCACGAGCUGUUGAUGUUGCAGAUCAGUAUGUAUAAUCAAAGUGUUUCCUUAUUUGUUAUAGUAAAGAUGUUUCUAAUAUUCCAAACGAAGAGCACGAGGCCGUUUCUAUGACAAUGUGUGUAUCCGCCCCGUCGUUUCGGAUCCGCUUCAUCGGCCCGAGCUUCACUCUUACUCCAAGUUUCCUGACAAUCGGGCUUCUAGUUUUUCUGUAAUCCUGCCGACAGACAGACGAACCUUGGCAUGAAGUUGUUCAAAACUCCAUCGGAAAACAUGAAAAUGUGAAUUAUUUAAGUGAACACAAUAUAAUAAAUGUAGCAAAACACAUUUUCAUCUUUCAACUCCCAAAAAACAAAUAGUGAAAAUGCUACAGCUCCAACAUUAAACUUUAUUCUUCAGCUGAUUAAGUUCUGGAUUCUCACGUCUCAUCGGAGUCGUGUUGGAGCUGUUGAUUCUCAGCGGGAUCAGCAGGGUUAGUGUCGGCUUCACAAGCGAUUACAUGUUAAUAUCAAAAAUAUUAUGCAGCUUUAAGUCGAUGAGGAAGAAUUGAUCAAUAAAUCCAUCUGCUGCCAUAUUUGUGUUUGAGAACCAGACUUCUGGCUCACGAUGUUUAACAAUCACAAGAUUAGUUUAAAAUCUUCAGAGUUGCAAUUUACAAUCAGUUUUAUUUAUAUUAUUUACCAAUUCAUUCAUUUGUAUUGUGGUUUGUAAAACCAAAAGUCCAGAAUCUCAUCUCAAUGUUUGUUGUUUCAAUAAUUAGUAAUUAUUUUUGAUCAACUCUAAAAUUCUUUGCCUUAUUUUUCCGAACUGGAUUAAAAUGAUAUUUUGCACUCGCGGAGUCGAUGACGGAGAUAACGGUAGCAUAUUUAAUUGUUUAGUGUUUUAAAUACAUUAACUCUGCUUCAGUCCUGCUUAAUGCUGUAUAUCAUCUUAUCAUGUGUUUAUCCAAAAAAAGACCAUUACAGUGAUUAUCUAACUGAUCAGUUUAGUAGCAUGAAGAACAAAAAGCAGAUUUAAGGACGUAAUCACCUUUAUACAAUUUAAAAUGCCUGUAUUUGUAUGUUUAUAGUACCAAACAAAUAUUAUGCACAUCUGCAGCAGUGCAUUAGCACUUUUUUAAACUUUAGAAAGGUAUUUGUUGAGAGAUGUGUCGACUGAUUUCACUGUGCCAGUUUUAAGCUUUGAGAGCGACGUGUUUGCACUGAUGGUGUGUAAAUGUUUUAUCUUGUUGAAAGAGCAGUAUCUGUUUCAGACAAUGUUACAAAAAGAACUGCUGGCAUUAAUAGAAAUGUACAUUUUGUAUUUUAUUUAUGCAGAUGAUGUUUUAUUAAUUCUGAAAGAUCAGCAAAAGAUGCUGAAGAUUGAAAAUGUGUAAUAGUUGAGCUCAUACAGCCUCAUUCAGACAGGAUUAUUAUAUAACAUAUUUGUACUUAUAUAUGAAGCUGAUGAACUUAGAAAGUUUUGUAUACAAUAAUAUUCUGCAUCACCAGCAGAUAUAUUAAAUCAUUUAAUUAAUUACUAUAAUUACUUCUAUUAAUAUCAGUAUUAUUACAUUAUUGUUGAUUCAUUUAGUUAUUCACAAAGACAGUUGUAAACUACUCAAAUGUCUCUUAAAAGUGACCGGUGUCUGCCGCGUGACAGUUUUAAAUAGUUAGCUAGUUAAUCCAUUAUUUCGGGUAUCAAGUCUGGGUGUUAUUAAUUCAUGGAUUAGUCAAGUUGUCUCUUUGAGAGAUCUCUUCAUCAAGAGAGACGUGUGUACAAGAAGACAGAGUUCUGGUUAUUUAUGUGUUAUUUUGUGGAUUAUGUGUGUAAAUAGUGAAAAAAAGAGGACCCACAAUAGAGCCCUGUGGGACACCUUAACUGUUGGUUUCUUGAUUUAGAACAACUGCUGCUUCAGUUCUAACCUAAUGAUAUUCAUACAAACAAGAAAGAGGAAUAAAUCCUGUCUGAAUGGGGCUGUAGAGAACCCCCCCCCCCCCCCCGUCUUGUUUUGCACAUAGACAAGUUUCACUUUUUAAAUGGAUCCUGAUUGAUGUUUACAUUUAAGUGGUGACCAAAUAAUCAUAGAACAUAUAAUCAGAUGUUGAAGUUGGAAUCAGGUAUUUAGGAGAAAAACGUAAAACUCGUUCAAAGUAUCUGAUGCAUGUGACCAAAUACUAACAACUUCAAAAUAAAAGACAUUCCAGUUUAAAUAAAAGCACUGUUGAGAAUUGACAUGGCAUUAUCGUGACAAGGCAGGUCUUAAAAAAUGUAUGAAAUUAUAAUACAACUUGAAUUAUUUAUUUAGCAUUUGAUGAUUUAGUGAUAUAUAUGAAUAUUGUGGUUAUUAGUGGGACAUUGAUCAGGUUUGUUCUAAAUGUGUCAUUAAGACCUUUAUAUCAUCUACGCAUUACAGACAUGUAAUUACUUUAAUCAGAUUAUAAUGGUGGACAAAUAGUUGCUUGCUGCCAGUUUCUGAAAGAACUGAGAAGAAGAUUAAAAAUCUAAAUUAGGAAUAAUAAAUAGAAAACAUUCAUGGUAAAUCAAAAAUAUGAUGUUAAAAGUUAAAAAUGAUAAUAAUUUAAGAAAUUGGGUCGAAACUAUAAAAUACAAAGUAAUAAGUUGAACUUCAAAUUUAUGAAAUUUUAAUAUUUGAAGUCAGAAUGAACAAGACAAAUGUUUGAUUUAAAUACUAUUUUGAUUUAGUAAAAGCAAUUUUUAAUUAAUGAGUCAAAUAUUAAAAUUACUAUAUCAUAAUGGUUUUUAAUUUAAAGUUAUUAUUUGGAUUUACUUAAUCUCAUAAUUGUAAUUAAGUAAAUAAAAGAGUUACUCUGUACUUUAAAAAUAAUAAUUCUGUUUCAUUAUAUCUUGACGGACUUUAUUUUAUUCAUGUUUUCCAACAUCUCUGCGUCUCCGCAGUGUGUUGGUGUCUCUGUACUUUCACAAUAUUUAUGUCAAAACAUGUGAUUUUACGUUUUAUUUGUAACUUGCCAGAAUCCUGUAAAGUGUUGUGAAAUGUGGAAAAGUUGUUGACGUUGACAGAAUUAUAGUUCAUCAGUUUUAAUCUGCAUGUUAAUGUCUCUCUGUAGCUUUAUUUAGUGAUACUUGGCUUUGUUUCAUUCUUAGUCGCUUUAAAGGAAACAAUGUUCAGCUGAUUAGACUUCAGUCCAAUGAAGUUCAGAGGUUUUGUAGAAACAGAGUUUGAGGUUCGAUUAUUAGUUUACUGAUAUCUGGAUAUCUUCUACCAGCUGAAACUCGACUACCAGUUAAAAACAUUUUAAACUAUUUCUGCUGGUUACGAUUGUUUUGACGACGGUAAAGUCAAAGUUCCUGUUCGACCACAGCAGCAGGAGAUGUUCACGUUACUUUGAAACAGUCCCGAUUGUAAUUCUGAUGAAAACAAAACAAAUCUGAUACAAAAGUGAAGAAUUAUUUGUUCAUGUCAUGAGAAACGAACGUUUUCAUCACGUCGCACAAAAUUCUGUCUGUUUGAAAUAAGCAACAGAAACAAAAUGACUCAACUUCCUGCUUCACUUCGUACCAAUAUGUCCCACGUGAAUUUGAACUCGGUGAAGCAAUGUCCCUAACGUGAACAGAAAUAUAAACAUGAACAUCAACAAAAAAGGUUUCCCAUGACGUCCCCUCAACGUUUCAAAAACAACGUAGAUGUAAUUGUUGUUUUUAUUACGGCUCUCUUCACAGUCUACCAAAUUAAAGGAAACUAAAGAAGAUCCUGAACGCUUCAUACUGAUAUCAGAAACUUUUGUCAAUCCAUCGUUAGCAUUCGAACAAACAUUAGCUAGCUGUAGAGAGGUCGGUGUUGCACGUUAGAUUUAGAGAAUUGUUCAAUUAGCAUGAAACUAGAUGCAUAGAUUGAGGCGCUGUAGCAGAUGCAGAGUUAGCCGAUUUGCACGGAUGGUAGCUUUUUUGUUUAUUUUGAUUAUUUAAUUUAUUUAUCUUUAGCUAUUUACUUUUGUUGCUAUAAACAGUUAGCAUGUCCAACUUUAUGCUACCUACUUUUAGUUAGCUGCUGUUAUUAUAGACAUAUGUUUUUAGUUUGUAGCUCACUGCUGUUACUGAAAAGGCUAAAUGAAAGCUAACAUUUAAUCAAAAAAAGCUAUUUGUUUACCAACGAUCGCUGCUAGGCUAGCCGUUUCCCACUGUUUCCAGUCUUUGUGCUAAGCUAGGCUAACCGCGGCCUGGACCUAACAGAGAAUAAAACAUUUCACAAAAUGUCCAACUGUUUUUAAACUCUUGAGAUUAAUGUUCUUCUUGAUUGUAUAACGGCUGCUUUAAUGUGGGUUCUCUUUUGGCUUUGACGCUUUGUUAGCCUGUCAGCUGUGCUGUGUGAACUCUGUACGAACUCUGGAUGAACUCUGUACGAACUCUGCUUUAAGUUAGACGUCUAAACUCGGAGUAAAGUUACCGGCGUGUUGUCGUCUGGCAGCUGUUUGUUCUGUUUUAAAUGACGUAUUAUUCUGUGUUUAAUCGUCUCGGUGAUGUUUCUGCAACAUUAAUGUCUGAACAAGUUUUUAUUUUGUUGAAAGGGCCUGUACAUUUUGUAAAUGACCUGACUAAUAAAAACUAGUUUUUCCUUGUC